AUGAAAGACAUACAAGCCAUUCAGGAACCCUCAGUGGCCCUACAGACUGACGUCCAUGAGCAGGAAGAGAAAACGGACAAUCAAGCACGCCCUCAUUUUAGUGGAGAAACUAUAUCAACAAUUGGAAAAAAGUCUCUUAAAUCUAUCAUAGUGAGCCGUUCCCGAUCAGAAAAGAGCUUGGGAGUUGACAGCUCCAUAAUUCCAAAGAAACAGCCUCUGUCAGUCCUUGCUCCUGAGCCAGCUGUGACUGGGGAAGGAGAGGAUUAUUUCCUAUCUUUGUUUGGUGAUUCAAAGAAACUUAUUGCACGCUCAUUCCAUGCCGAGAAAACUUGGAAGCACUUUUCUAUGAUUCUUGAAGAAGUGGGCUCCUCUAGAUCCAGUGCUCUGGGAGACAUUAAAAUAGCUGAAGUGAAUGUCAAGGGUUUAUUCGUGAAGUUCGUUAACUCUUCCCUUGACAAAGAAGUGGAUGUUGGAGAUCAUAUUCUCCAGCAAAAUGUGAAUGGACAAGUAAUCUCUUUGUACCGUUUCCUUCCAAAUAUCAUACUGCAAGCCAAUUCCACAGUAACGGUGUGGGCAGCAGCAUCUGAAGCAAAGCAUCAGCCACCAUCAGAUUUUCUUUGGAAGGAACAAAACAAGUUUACAACAAGCCCGAAUUGUACAACAAUCCUGUGCAAACCUAAUGGUGAAGCCAUGGCCUGGUACACUCCGAUUCACUGGAAGCAAGCGUUGGAGAAAUUAGAGACUGACAUUGAAUUUGACAGAUGCUCAGUAGUAAGUCCAGCGUCUCGAAGGCACAUGUUUCAUUGGCACGAAGUUAUGACUACAGCUAAAGAAGAACAAGAUCAGUCUAAGAAAGGUAUCUCAAAAUGUCAGAUGGAACCAGCUCAAGCUUUUCUUAAGAGAGAAAAAGAAAUGCCACCAACACUUUUCCCCAAGCGCAGCCCUUGGUGCCACAGUCCUGAUGUCCCUGCACAUCCCUACUGUUCUCUGAUUGAGCCUCACAAUACCAGCAUGGCUGGAAGCAGCUUAGAUAGACAGCCCAGGCGUCAGUCAGCCAGGCCUAAUCCAUUUGCAGGGACCAGGAAAAACAAGACAUCUCAGUUACAAAAGCAAUAG